GCUGAAAUCUCACGCAUCCACAACAAGUGUGCCACUGUACUAACAGCAAAAGGUAAACUCCCGAAAGGUCUCACUCAGUGAAGUGCAGUAGAAGUUGUAGCGAGGGGUGCCAGCGUACAAGUAAUCAAUCCGCCAACUGAGUCUAACGCCGCCAUGUGUGAGCGUUUGGUGAUCCUCCUGAGCCUGGCAGUCACGCUGGUGGUGGCGCUGCCGCAGAACUACGGCGGCGGUGGUGGACGCGGCAAACAACUCCAGCCACUACAACAGCAAAAUGCUCCUAUGAAUUACGACUUCCAGUGGGAGGUGAACGACCAGGAGUAUGCCAACUUCUAUGGGCAAAAGGAGGUGGCGACCAACGGCCGCGUAGAGGGCUCCUAUCACGUGUUGCUCCCUGACAAUCGCCUCAUGAAGGUCACCUACUACGUAGACGGUGACUCCGGCUUUGUGCCCACCAUCACAUACGAGAACAACUACUCUCCUAGUUGGGGCUCACCUUACUACGGUCGCAGAUAGAUCACCCUCACAUGUUCCACGAACGCGUCUCGAGGACUUUGCAUAUUCUCAACUUCCUUGACGACAUCCUUCUUAAAAUGAACAAUGCUCCUAGCAAACAUCAUUAUAAGUGGCAUCCCUUCGAUACAAACCUCCUUUCCUAACAAGAACACUCCUAUGCCUCUAAUUAUAAACAUACAGCGUCUGGGAGAGGGAAGUAAUCAUGUUUGAUCCUAAGAAGGGGAUAUCACGAGCCCUUCACCAGCAACACGGCACCAACCAGCCCCAGUGGGUCACUAGGGAUAGUCACGAGUGCCCGAGGCGCUGUAGUUGGAUUUAUACAGCUUGAAGCUCACCAUCUACGUCUGCAGGACCCUCUAUACUAUGUUUUUCCCUACGCCAGCUAGAUUAUAUUAUACACCGACAGUUAUGUGUCUUGGUGUAUACAAUGACAGUAUACUUUAACCCCUAUUUUAGGGAUUAAUGCAUUCUUAAUGUUAGUGUUUUUUUUUUAACCCUUUCUUACUUAAUUUCACACUUCUUAGUGUUCAAAGUUACUAAAAUCUGUCCAUUAUAAAUAAAAAUAAAAACUACUUUUAUAUAUUUAAAGGUUCAUCAGCAUUAAUUGGAAAAAGAAUACAUUAGGAUGUACAGUAUAUGAUUAUCUAAAAAGCACAAUAAAAAUACACUAUUUGUAAGCACACAGUUUAACUUGUAACUAACCUUUCUAUAAGUAACUCUUUGUGUUUUUUUCAAUUUAAAAGAUUUUGUUAUAACCUCUUGAGUACUAUUAGUAGUGGUAGUAUUAUGGAGGUAAUAUAGAAUCUGUAUAGAAUCUUUCGGGCUAAGUGUUCACCUCUUACAUAAUACUGACUAGAAGUUUCGUUGAUCAUUAGUAGCACCUUCGGUUCACAAUCAUAGAACCCGGGUUUUGUGGAAAAUUGCAUUUAUCUGAAUGUAUCAUUAUAUACAUAACAGUAAAUGAAAAGAUAAUUAUUAUUUAUCAGUUAGACAUGUAGGAAUUUGGGACACCUAGGUCGCAAAAAAUGUCCCCCUUCGAUACCUACUACUGUCAUAUCCACAAGUUCCUCUGGACCUAUUAAUUACCAAUGAAAUAUGUAUAACCAGGAAUACUGGUAAAUAUAUAAAUUUUGUGGACUGUAUGUUAAAAAUAAUAAAUGGUUAUAUAUAUACACAAUUACAUAACAGAAGGAAAAU